AUGUCCUCCAAGCGCGGCCGUAAGCGCAACGACAAUCUCCCCCCAAACCGCGCACGAGACGUCCAGCGAGCGUUUCGCGCCCGCCGCGCAGCACAUCUCGAGGCCUUAGAACAGCGCGUCGCAGAGCUCGAGGAGGAGAACAACGCCCUCCGCGCCGCACUAGCUCUUCCGCCCGCUAAUCGCCUCCCGCUGGGCAAGGGCCCCACCGGGAAGGACAAACCAAAAUCCGGUGCUCACCAAGCAUCGUCCGGCUCAGGCCCCUCGUCCCUUCCACCCCUCUCUGCGCUUCCGCACCUCUCCCCGACGUCUUCACUGCCGUCGGGGAGUCGUACAGAUUCGCCCUCAUCAAAUUCAACCCGCACGCACUCCCUUUCGCCCACCGGCAUGAAUGCCUCGCUCGGACAUGCACCAAAUCCCUUGCCCAACAUAGACAGCGGCUGGGACGACCCCAUGUUCAUGCCUAAAGAACAGCCUGAAGCUGGGUCCUCGUCACAGACCACUUCUUAUACUGUCCCGCCCGUUCCGGGCCCUUCGUCGCAUUCCCCGUCCUACUCUUCCUCCACUCGACAGACAAUGGAGGACAUGUACAUGCCCAUGCCAUCCAACUACUCAAGCACCGUGGACAGACCCAUGCCGAGCGCCACAGACACCUUCUCAUACUCACAGCCCUCAUUUCCCACGCACGCCAACCACAUGCAUGCUCAUUCGUCCCCCGCCUCCGCCGUGUCGCCCACCAUGCCGCCGCCGACUGGCGGACUGUCCAUGCAGUCCCCCGUGCAGUACGCGCAUCGCCGAUCGAUUACCGAGCCGCACGGGUAUCGCUCUGCCAUGGGCGGCCAGAUCCCCUCCAUCCCGCAGAUGCGCCUGCCGCAGCCGACACCCCAUCCGCUGCGCAUACCGUCUCCAUCGCAGCUGGCGGGCAACGGGGCGCCGUCCCAGCUCUCUGGGUACGACGUGAGUGGAGAGAGACGGAUGGACCGCUCUGGCAUGCGGUAGCCAUAGAGCGCCUGCGCUGCUACAUUUUCUUGGUUACCAUAAUUUUGGUCGCACCCGUGUUGUCGCAUUCCCGCAAGAACAUUGCAUUUCGUCAUAUGACAAAUUGUAUCCGUACUCACAAGACCUGUCUCCAGUGCAGCUGCUUUCCCCUGCUAUCAUACAUGUACAUCGCAGCGCCAUAGUUAGACCUGCCUACACCGAGGCUAGCCCUCGUAAUAAAUAAUAUGCAUAGGUGCGAUGCUUC